CUCUGGAUUAACGCUUUCCCAACACACUCCCAACUCUCACAAAGGACAUUGCCAUCGUCCCGGCAACCAGCUGUGAUCUACACACAGUGUUUAAAGGCUGUGAUCAGGAGGUCAGAGGAUGAUGACGGUGAUGAUGAUUAUGAUGAUGACGACGGUGAUGUGUAGCUCCCUGCUUUUGCUGGGACUCAUCACAGUCCAGGCUUCGUCCAGCAGCGCAUCUUCCUCUUCCUCAGCCUCAUCGUCAUCUUCCUCACCUCGCAUGAAGCUGACUUACAAAGAGUUGCAGCAGUUCAACGGCGUGAAGCGUUUCGAGCUGGAGCGUUCCUGUUGCUUUGGAGCUCUCCUAUUGGAUGAGGAGAGGGGGCGGCUUUUCGUCGGCGCUCGCAACUUCUUACUAUCCCUGAGCCUGGAUAACAUCGCCAAACAAGACCACAAGAUUUACUGGCCUGCUCCUGUGGACUGGAGGGAGGAGUGUAACUGGGCGGGAAAGGACAUCAAUACGGACUGUGUAAACUAUGUGAAGAUCUUACACCACUAUAACCGCACUCACCUGUAUGCCUGUGGUACUGGAGCUUUCCACCCUACCUGUGCUUUUGUGGAGGUGGGACAGAAAAUGGAGGACCACGUAUUCCGGAUUGACCCUUCUCUAGUAGAGGAUGGCAAAGGCAAAAGUCCAUAUGAUCCACGUCAUCCUCCGGCGUCUGUUCUGAUUGGUGAUGAGCUGUAUUCGGGUGUGGCCACCGACCUGAUGGGAAGGGACUUCACCAUCUUCCGCAGUCUGGGUCAACGGCCGUCCAUCCGUACCGAACAGCACGACUCUCGCUGGCUUAACGAACCAAAGUUUGUGGGGGCUUUCUGGGUUCCCGAGAGCGAGAACCCCGACGACGACAAAGUCUUCUUCUUCUUCCGGGAGACGGCCGUAGAGGCACAGGGCUUUGGAAAAGUCACCUACGCUCGGAUUGGUCAGCUCUGUCGGAAUGACAUGGGAGGACAGCGCAGUCUGGUAAAUAAGUGGACGACGUUCCUGAAGACUCGACUCAUCUGCUCUGUCCCAGGCACUGAUGGGAGCGAAACUCACUUUGAUGAGCUCAGGGACGUGUUCCUGCUGCAGACCAGAGACAGGAAGAAUCCACUGGUCUACACUGUCUUCUCCACAUCCAGUAGUGUAUUUAGAGGCUCAGCGGUGUGUCUCUACACUAUGAAUGACAUCCGUAGAGCUUUCCUGGGGCCCUUCGCCCACAAAGAGGGGCCAAACUACCAGUGGGUGCCCUUCCAGGGCAAAGUGCCCUACCCACGGCCAGGCAUGUGCCCCAGUAAGACGUACGGAAGCUUUGAGUCCACCAAAGGUUUCCCAGACAACGUUAUUCAGUUUGCUCGCCAUCACCCUUUAAUGUUUAACCCGGUGACACCGCUUGGCGGCCGCCCGCUCUUCCUGCGAACUGGACUGCCCUACAGCUUCACUCAGAUAGCAGUGGACCGGGUCAGCGCCGCUGACGGACAGUACGACGUCAUGUUCAUUGGCACAGAUGUUGGCACAGUACUGAAGGUGAUCUCUGUACCCAAGGGAAGCUGGAGCAACACGGAGCUUCUGCUGGAGGAACUCCAAGUCUUCAAGGACUCUUCAUCCAUCAUCAAUAUGCAGAUCUCCUCCAAACGGCAACAGCUCUACGUUGGCUCGGACACGGGCGUGGCCCAGGUGCCUCUGCACCGCUGUAGCAUGUACGGUAAAGCGUGUGCCGAGUGCUGUCUGGCCCGUGACCCUUACUGCGCCUGGGACGGCACCUCCUGCACCCGCUACCUCCCCAACACCAAACGGCGGUUCCGUCGUCAGGACGUGAGGAAUGGCGAUCCAAACGCACUGUGUUCUGGAGACCACAAUAAGCAGCGAAUAACUGAGAAGAAGUUGUACGGAGUGGAGGGCAGCAGCUCGUUCCUGGAGUGCAUCCCCAAAUCCUUACAGGCCCAGGUCACCUGGACCUACCAAAGACACCCCAACAACCCCCGAGAGGAGGUUCGUUUGGACGAUCGUGUAUUGCAGAUGGAUCGUGGCUUGUUGCUAAGGCGCGUCAUGCGUAGAGACGGGGGUGUCUACCAAUGCCAUGCCAUGGAACACGGUUUCACACAAACCCUAUUGGGAAUCACUUUAGAGGUCCUCCCAUCCACAGGCUCCUCCCCCGCCGUUCCUAACCCACGGAGUUCCUCCUCGGGACACUCGACCAAUCAGAAGCUGUGGUACAGGGACUUCAUGCAAUUGGUCGACCACCCUAACCUGAGCACCGUCGACCAAAUCUGCGAGCAAGUUUGGUCACGCAGGCAGGGCCAAUCGGGGAAAGACAAGCCCGAUUCGGCCAAUGCGGCGCCUCCUCUUGAUCCCAUGCCCUCCGCCCACAAAAAAUGGAAACAUCUAAAGGAGGUGCGAAAGGGGCGGAACCGUCGGACCCACGACGGGAGAUCUGCCUCCAGAGCACCUCGCAGUGCCGGGGAGUAA